UCCACCAUGGAGGUCCUCGUUGGCGCAACUUUUAUCGCAGUUUUGCUGCUAUUUCCUCCAGUCGGAGGGUCCCCGUUUCAGUACAACAUGUAUCAGGGGGGCGUCCGACCUGGCGCGGAGACGCGGCACAGAAACAAGAACUGGUGCGCCUACGUUGUGCACAAGAACGUGAGCUGCGUGGUUGUUGGAGGCACCGAGAGCUUCGUGCAGCCGGAGUUUACCGAGUGUCCGCCGGGGAUGCCCGACUGCGCGCAGCAAGUCGUAUACCGCACGCACUUCAGGCCGACCUACAAGAUCGCCUACAAGAUUGUCACGGAGCUGGAGUGGAGGUGCUGCCCCGGUUACCUGGGCCACGACUGCCGCGAGGUGAAGGACAUGAAUCUGCUCCAGGUGGAGCGUUUGCCGCAGGGGUCGUCAACCUCUCACAUUCCAGCCGCGCAAGGGCCGAGUGAGUGGACGACCAGCUUGAGCAACCAUCCCUGGGGAGGACAGGCCCACUUUGGAGGGAACCACCGGUCCCCCGGGGGUCCGAGAGGGUCUCAACACCUGGAGGAGGAGGUGCAGCGGCUCUCCCAGAUGGUCCUGGACAUGCAGGCUAGAAUGACUGACAUGUCCUCCAGCCUCAGGACGGACUUCCAGGAGGACGCUAGCAAGAUGAUGGCGGCGCUGCUGAACACCCUGAAGCAGCCCGUGAGUGCCCGCGGCGCCGAACCAGAGACCCUCCAGGUGCAGGACUUCUCCUUCCCACAUGAGCCAGCUCAGACGGACGAGGUCAUGAACAGGAUCAGUCAGGUCUCUGAAGAUCUGUCGUCCAAAAGCGAGAUGCUGAACGACCUGCUGAGUCGAGUCGAUCGACAAGACGGACAAAUUAAGCUUCUGAUGGAGGCAGCGGCGAGUCAUCCCAGGGAUGGAGACCUGCGCGCCUACGUGGACCAGAAGAUCGAAGCCUUGAGAGAGGAGCUGAUGGAAGGCAUGGACAUCAAACUGGCGGAUCUGAAGAACUCGUGCGAUUACAAAAUCAUGUCCGUCCAGGAUCAGUGCGAGGGACAGGAGACCAACUACUUCAGUCUGGCCGAACUCAUGGAUUCGAAAGAAAGUGAUCUCCGUCACGAGAUCCAAGAGCUGAGACACAAGCUGGAUGAAGCUUGCGGCAGAGACUGGCCCGAGUCCUCUCAGGUCUCCGUUCUGGCUCGGCUGGAGCGCUUGGAGAGACGUGUGAACAUGACAGAGUCGGAGCAAAAGACAGAACAUGUUGGAGACUCGGUGGAGAAGAUGAAGUCAACACCAGAUGGAGUCAACGUCUCAGUGCUGGAGCCAAACUUGCCAGAGAACUUUAACUCUCUUAUUGCAUCCUUCCACGGACUGGAGAAGCGGUUGAGUAUCCUGGACCAGUCCUGCUCAAAGACCUGUCAAACUAAUCAGACUGAGCGUUUGGUGAAAGAGUUUCAGAGUUUCCGAACCACUGUAGACACGAUAGAGAAGAGGCUGGAGGACGGUGGAGCCAUGACGGGUCACCUGAACUCCAGCAUUGAGAGUCUCAGUCAGGAGCUGACCUCCCUGAAAGGUCGAGUGGACAGCCUGGAUCACGCUGUGGUCCACUCUGACACAGCUGUCAGCCCAGAUGAGAACCAGGGAGUCACAAACUUCACAGAGCGGACUCUGAGGCAGGAAGUGGCCCAACUGAGCCGGGAGCUGCAGGCCGAGUCGCGGCGCUGCCAGCAGGGCGUGGCUAACAUUGACCGCCGCGUCGUCACCAUGGAGAGCGUGUGCGGGAAGCUGGACCCGGUCUCUGAGAGCCUUCGGAGGAUCCGGGAGGGGCUCAACAAACACGUGUCGGGCUUGUGGACCUGUGUCAGUCAGCUGAAUGGAACUGUGAGAGCUCACGAGCAAGACAUCGCCAGGCUGAAGGGAACCUGCCGGAAAGUCCAGAGCGACGUCGACGAACUUCAGGUGCCGGUGCCGACCAUCCCUGAGAAGACAGGUGUUCAGGACGCAGGUGUGCAGCAGGCUUCCGGGUCCUUCCCAGACGGGAUCGAGGGCUUCCCCCGGCCGCCGGUGAUGGAGACAGGACAGGCCGGUCCCCCCGGGAGGAUGACCUUGUCCAAGUUACCGGGAGGAGGCGCGGAUGGGACCAUGGCGACCGUUCAGGGCUUCGCUGGAGCACCAGCUUCAUCUGUGAAACAAACGGAGACCCCCAAACCUCAAAUCCCUGUCUCAGGCAAGAGCCUCACCUGGUCACAGCGACCACCCAGCGCGUCCUCAGCAGAGAAAGUGACCUUCUCAGCCGGACUCACUCUGACACCCUUCCCUGGAGACGUUGGCAUCGUAAUAUUCAACAAGGUGCUGGUCAACGAUGGGGGUCACUAUGACCCCAAGACAGGAAUCUUCACGGUCCCCACAGACGGUCGGUACCUGGUGACGGCCGUGCUGUCUGCCCAACAAGGCCACAAGAUCCAGGCCGUCCUGUCGGUAUCCAACCGGAGCGUCCAGAAGUUGGACUCGUCCGGCUUCCUGUCCGAAGCCGUGGCAACGCCCGAGUCUUGUGGCUGUGGCGGCGGCUCAGCAUCCUUGUCUCUGGUUCUGUCCCUGAGCAGAGGUGAGCGCAUGGGACUGGUCGUCACCGGUGGAAAACUGGCUGUUUCGGCUUCCCCCGAGAUCCUGUCCUCCUUCAGCGCCGUCAUGCUGUACCCUGACCACUCACAUGUAAGCUCAGACUCGCUCAGGUGAAGUUCGUCCUCUGUGUUUUCCACACAUUUUCAUUUGUCAAGUGAAGAUCUUGUAGGAGUGUUAAAAAAGGGUGGUAAAAAACUUUUUUACGUGAUGAAAAAUCUGACUCGACUAUUGCCCCUCGGCCUGAUGUCGCUUCUGGUUUUAAAAAUGAAUUUCAUUGAAAUGGUUGUACAAAUGUAAAGAUUUUUGAGUGCCAUCUAGUGGCCAAAGAAAAUGAGGACACUGUUUCAUGAAGCCUCAGUAGCCCGCCACUACCAACAGGCUUGUUUCUGGGUCUGACCCGAGGCCUCUACCUAUCUACAACACAACACUCUUCUCAUUUGGGAUCUUAACUGGGACUUUUACAGACUUAUGCUGUACAUUUUGGAAUCCAGUACUCAUGUUUAUUGAAUAAAAAUGAAUGUUUAACUUGGAAAAAAAGUCCUUAAAUUAAAAGAAA